AUGGCGGUCACCACUACUACCCACAUCAAACAAGUAACUAAUACGACAGAGCUUGAGAAUUAUUUGAAUGAUAAGAGAUUGACUGUUGUCGAGUAUACGUCAAAACAUUGUUCUAAAUGCAAGGCAAUAGCGCCACAUAUUGAGACUAAAGCAAAGGAACUUGAGGGAGUUGCGAUAUUUGUUAAUGUUGACGUGAAUGAAUUAACGUCCUUCACUUCAGCAAAUGAUAUCACCAUCCUUCCAACCUUCCAAUUCUACCGUUCAAACACUCUCUUAUCCACUUUCAACGACCGAUCGUUACCCGCUGAGGAUAAUGCUCGUGGAAACUUUACCCUGUCAAUCGACAAUCUUAUAAACUUGUUUUUAGUAAAGUAUAGUCUCGGCUACAAAAAAAUUACGGAUGAUUUGGCAUUUUCGGGGCAGAUCGAGGAGGAAUGGGUCACGCGAUUGGUGGAUGCUGGUUUUCGUGCAGUUAUUGAUUUGAGUUGUGAGGGUGAAAAUGAUCAUUUAUCGAAUGAAAAAGAAUUGUUGGAUGAAAAAGGACUUGAAUACGUCCACUUUCCAAUCUCGUCAGUGACACAAAUUACACCAUCUACAUUCACAAAACUGACAAAUCACAUAACCACACUGCCAAAACCACUGCUCAUACAUUCGCGUAUCGGAUUACACGCAUCAAUCGUGUUAUUGGCUUACGCAGCGAAAGAAUACGGAUCGGCGCUGCAAGAAGUUGUUGGUUGGGGAAAUGAUUUUGGGUAUGAUUAUGAAGGAUUGCCUGAAGGUGAACUUGUAACGCCAGAAACAGAAUCACAAAGUUAUAGAAAGUUCAACAAAAACCACAAAAACAUCAACAAUAAAAUUCAUAUAAGCUCCAAGUGGUAUUCUAACACAACUUCAACAGGACAUUUGUUAUUAUCAUCAUUAAAAUCAAAGAAUUCAAAUCUAUUUUCAAUCAAUAAUUUAAAUUCAAAAAUACAAAAGAAAGAAAUGCACUCAAAAGUUAUAAUUAUCGGGUCUGGUCCGGCUGGGCAUACGGCCGCCCUGUAUUUAUCACGUGCGACCUUGGAACCUGUUAUGUAUGAAGGGUUCUUGGCUAAUGGUAUUGCUGCAGGUGGUCAGCUAACGACCACCACCGACGUCGAGAACUAUCCCGGUUUCCCAGAGGGGAUCGGUGGCAUGGAAAUGAUGGAUAAAUUCCGUAAACAAAGCAUACGAUUUGGCACGAAAAUAAUUACAGAGACUAUAACGAAAGUGGAUUUCUCAUCAAGGCCGUUCAAGUAUUGGCUCGAGUCUAAAGAGAACGAGGAACCGCACACUGCGGAUGCCAUUAUCGUGGCAACUGGUGCGGCAGCAAGGAGAUUGAAUUUACCGGGGGAGGAAAAAUAUUGGCAGCGAGGAAUUUCCGCGUGUGCUGUUUGUGAUGGCGCCGUCCCAAUCUUUCGAAACAAACCAUUGGCAGUAGUGGGCGGAGGCGACUCCGCCGCUGAAGAAGCACUCUUUCUCACAAAAUACGGAUCACACGUCUUCGUAAUUGUGCGUCGUGACAAACUCCGUGCAUCAAAAGUAAUGGCCAAUCGACUCCUUGCCAACUCCAAAGUCACCGUAAUCUGGGAUCACAUCCCAAUUGAGGCAAAAGGCGACGGCAACCUCUUACAAUCCAUCCAAUUAAGAAACACGAAAACCGGCGUCGAGCGUGAACUCCAAGUAAAUGGUUUAUUUUACGCGAUUGGUCAUGUGCCCGCCACAAAAUUGGUUGAAGGGCAAUUGGCACUCGAUGAGGACAAGUAUAUUAUCACGCAGCCGGAUAGUACUGUGACGAGUGUUGAGGGAGUGUUCGCAGCGGGUGAUGUUCAAGAUAAAAAGUAUCGACAAGCGGUUACUAGCGCUGGGUCGGGGUGCAUGGCAGCGUUGGAAUACCAAAUUCAAUCAAUCACGGCCAAAACAAGAUUAGCAAUGUCCGUAAAACUAUUUGUUGGUGGUCUGUCAUGGACAACCGAUGACCGAGCACUCCGUCAAAAAUUCGAGGAACAUGGAAAAGUUCUAGAUGCGGUGGUGAUACGUGAUCGUGACACGGGACGUAGUCGCGGUUUCGGAUUCGUGACCUUCUCGAGCAGUAAUGAGGCACAGUCGGCAAUUAGGAGCUUAAAUGAUACAGAAUUUAAUGGUCGUACUAUUAAAGUUGAUCGCGCAUCUGAGAGGUCGUCUCCGCCGGGUUUUGCAUAUGGAAGUGCUGUGGGUAGUGGUUUGUAUUAUGGAUAUGGUGUCAAACUCGAUUUAACGAGGACGGAUUUUACCCAAAAUACCCUCAAAUAA